ACCGGCACUCGGCAUAAAACUCAGCGGCGGGAGGUCAUCCUCAUCGAGUCCCUUCUCUUCUCCUCCUCAUCCUCAGACCUAAGGGGGGUGUUUGCUCAACGACAGUGUUCCUGGAAAAGUUCUCAAUGGUUCUAUAACCAAAGCCAGCUGCUGUAGGCCCAUGCUUGGAUGUGUGCGUGCGUGUGAGUUAUAGGGGAGGGGGUAUGAGCGUGUGCACGCACUUGUGUGCGCGUGUAUGUGCAGUUUCCCUUUUCAAAGAGAGAGGGAGAGAGUGAGAGAGAGAGAGAGAGAGUUUUUCACCUUUUUUUAAAGGCAUGAGCGCCGAGACCUGCAGCCCAUACAGCGACAUGACCUCCAUGGAUGCAUUUUAUAGUCCUUCUGCAGUACAAACUCGGGACCAGCAAACGGAGCACUUCAGGACGUUCCCAUCCCCUGACACCAAAUACAGCCCCGCUGCUUUCGUGCAAGCCCAUAAAGGUCACGCGUACGGAGACAAACCGCGGAGUCCGUUCCAGCAGGAGGGCCGCUCAUUGGACGCCGUCUCAGCAGCCGAUCACGCUACUUUCAGCAAAUUCCACCUCUUUACGUACAGGACCUCCUGUAAAACACCUCCAGAGGAAGGUGAGCGGCAUCGGGAGGGCGGGCACGACGCAGCGAUCCUUCCCUGCUAUGGUAAAGACAGCUCAAAUCUGACGGAUUCUGACUUAACUCCACUCACCGAUCAUCCAACAAUGGACGCCAGCUACCUGGCUGUGAAGGAUCAGGGUGUCAACGCGACAUCCGAUAGGGCGCCAGGUGCUGAUUUAGCCAACCCCCAUGACAAGGGUGAUAGCAGUGAGAGCAACAAGGGCAAGAAGAGGCGCAAUCGCACCACCUUCACCAGUUACCAGCUGGAGGAGCUGGAAAAAGUCUUUCAGAAGACGCACUAUCCAGAUGUUUACGCCCGUGAGCAGUUGGCACUACGGACAGACUUGACUGAAGCGCGUGUACAGGUAUGGUUCCAGAAUCGGCGGGCCAAAUGGAGAAAGAGGGAACGUUUUGGUCAGAUGCAGCAGGUUCGAACACACUUCUCCACAGCUUACGAGCUGCCACUUCUGACACGUCCCGAGAGUUACGCACAGAUACAGAACCCAUCCUGGAUUAGCGGCAGCAACGCAGCAUCACCGGUGCCGGGCUGCGUGGUGCCCUGUGACACGGUGACCCCCUGCAUGACCCCUCACCCCCACUCGGCCAGCGGGGUGUCCGAGUUCCUGGGUGUUCCGAGCCCCGGAGGUCACAUGGGCCAGGCUCACAUGGGCAGCCUGUUCGGAGGAUCUCCCGGCAUGGCCACGGGGCUCAACGCGUAUGAUCUCAACAUGGACCCUGACCGCAAGUCCUCCAGCAUCGCCUCGCUGCGCAUGAAGGCCAAAGAGCACAGCGCGGCCAUAUCUUGGGCCUCAUGAUGCCGAAGGGGACCAUCCUUAUCUCCCCUCUGAUGUCCGAGCCAACCUGAAGUGGGCUGAAGGCGCACAAAUGAAAAUCUACAGGCACCGUUUUCAGAAAAGGCUGCAAUGCCGACAGAUGCAAAUGAUGAAGCGAUUCAGAAAGACUUGAAGCCCCAAAGUGAACGAGAGCUCUUUGUAGUGUGGGAGAUGACUCUGUGGUGCUGAAGUGCAGUAUUGGGGAUGAUUUUGGAUUUCAAACUAAUUCACGCACUUAUUUGCUCAAAUACAGGAAGGUUUGUUUGUACGGUGCUUUCAGUGAGAUCAGGUGCUCUUUUAUUCUCACUUUACUAUUUAAAGAUUUUGGAGUUAUUUUUCCGGUGCUGGAUUCGCUUUAGAAUGAAGCAUCUAUACAGGCUAUAUUUUAAAUGGAAUUGAAAGCAGUAGCUGCAAACAGCCCCUUUGGUGUGCAUUCAAACUUUUUCACACAAUCAGUGAGGAUUUUUGGUGGGGCCUCCAUCCAAACAGUGCUAGCUCUCUUUCAAUGUGGCAGUGAUGGAUAUCUUUUUUUUUCUUUUCGGAUCAGCAGUGUCAGACUGAUAUCAAUAACAUAACACCAACCAUCUUUGCUUAGAAGAAUAACCCGGUUGGAGAUUACAAAGCAGCAAAAAUGCUCUUUUCUUUUCCACACAAAACUGACCUUUGGCAGUUGAAACUUAUUAUGCAAGCGCGGCCCUCAAUGUUACUUUCUUCUGUUUUUGAAAUGAAGGACGCCAUUGGACAGCAAAGCACGCAAAGAGAGUUUCGUCGCUCUCCCGUGAAGAAUCAGGUUCUUCCGCAGCAAACACCUUCAAGUAUACCUUUAUGGAACUGAACUUUCAUUUCAGAGCAUGCUCUCCUCGAUGCUUUUUGUUUACCUCCCUCCAACAUGGAUGUCUCAAGUCCACUGAGGGAAGUUUGAUUCUUCCUCCAGAUGUCUGAGGACAGAAAUAGCAGAUGACGUUUGCGCUGUUAAAUCACGAACACCAUGUUAAGGUACGUUCCUUUGUUCGCAAGGUUUGCAUGGUACCAGAGCAUGAAGCCGUUCCCGUGUAGUUGGGCUUUGGGCACAGUAACCGUUGAAAAUCCCCUAAAUAGGAACCACAUUCGUGGGUCUUCUCAGCAGGUGAAAGAAGUGUAGGGCAGGCUAUAAUCUGUCAGCAGUGCACGUCACACUGGACUCCCAAAUUACAUCCAGUUUUACCCCUUGGUCCAAAUCCAAGGCAUAUGCAGGACAUAAUCUGGACUGUAUAGUCCAUAUAUCAAAAGUGAGAGGAUUGGCUUGGAUAUGUGGACAUGGGGCCCCCUUCACUUGCCGAGGGCUUGGGCGGAGGUUUCUGCUGUGUUCCGGUGUUCUGGGAAAAGGACAGUGCACACAGCUGUGCUCAGGGGCUAAAUGCAAAACAAACAUGCCUCACACAUGCUUCCCCCUCAGCUGUCAUGUCUCUGCUUUCAAAGGACCCCCGCGCCCCUCCUCACGCCGCCGCUCUUCGCUUGGCCCUUUGCACAACAUGUCCAAAUCUGCGGCAUCAUCGCAGAGUUCUCUGGCUCAGGGUCGAGGCGCAGCCAGCCCAGGAAGGAUUUUUAAUUAACACUGAGCCCCGGGGAGCCGGCAGGAUUGUGUGUCAGGACAGACACGCCCGACUAUCUUUGGGCUGCGCAGAGUCCAGAGACGGAGACUGUAUAGACAGAAAGUUAUGUUAUCACACAUAGUCAUGUUUACAAUCAUCCUGCUCACGUUGGAUCAGCACGUCUCCAUCUAGGCUGCCUAUAUCCUCCGAAUGGAACACGGAACAUGAGUUGAUGGGUGAUGUCAUCCACCCACUUGGUCUCCUUUUACUAAAUACUACUGAAGUCAUGCAAUCAGUACAGGAGGAUUUGUAUUAUAAUAUGUGCAUGUAAAUGUUACACGAGUCUUGGAGAUGGUCCACUCGUUUUUUUUUUGCUUAUCAAGUAUUUGUGUCCGUUGCCCUUCUUAUACUAUUAUGCAAUUGUUGUAGCUUUAAGCUAUCGUUGAAAGCAAGACUUGUGUGCUGUUUUUGUGUGAUUAAAGUACAAUAAUUUAUUGUA